AUGGAUGUUGAAUCUAGUUUCUCACAAAUUGCUCAUCUUGUCUUUGAUGGGAAGAGUUAUGACCUUUGGAAGGUGAAACUGAAGUCCUACAUGGAGUCUUUUGAUUUGUGGGAUGCUAUGGAAGAGAAUUAUGAAGUGUCUCUACUACCUGAAAAUCCCACCAUGACAGUGGCAACUGGUCAGCUGUUUCAAAUGGAGACGGUGGUGGCUGCUGCUGAUGCCUUAUUGCUCUCUGUUGCUCCUCACAUCCCUUGGAUGUGCCUUCACCAACCAUGUUGUAAUCACAAGAGACUGAAACAAGAAAAAAUGGUAAAGUUCAAAAGAGGGUGGGUGCCUCAAGUGUUGAUUCUUGAACACGAAGCGAUUGGCGUGUUUGUGACUCAUUGCGGAUGGAAUUCAUCUUUGGAAGCAGUGAAUGCAGGGGUUCCCAUGAUCACUUGGCCUAUGGGUGCCGACCAAAUUUUCAAUGAGAAGUUGGUGACUGAGGUCCUUAAAAUUGGGAUGCCUAUUGGUGCUAGAAAAUUGUUUCGAUUGGAGGGAGAUAGUAUUACAUGUGAUGCAGUGGAGGAGGCUGUGAAGAGGAUAAUGAUUGGUGAAGAAGCCAUUGAAAUGAGGAACAGAACAAAGGUGCCUUCGCAGUUAGCUAAGCAGGCCAUGAAAGGAGGAGGAUCAUCUUUCACUGAGUUGGAAGCUUUAGUUGAGGAGUUAAGUUCAUUGAACUACUAA